UCAAAAAAUCAGGAAGCAAUUCACGCAGAAAUAAGGGAACAUCUGAAGGAGCAUACUGAAUUAGGGAAAUUCGCAUCCGAGCACGUGCAAAGAAUUUUUCUCGUGAAUUCCCUCGAAUUACAGCAAGAAGUAAGAGAAGAGAUUUGGCAAUCUACCGUGACGGCAGCUACUCGAGAUCACCAAUGGCGACAAGAAGUUCCCGCGAGAUGGCUAGCUCUAGAACGAGAACUCCUUCGCUAUAGGGCCAAUGGUCACAAAAUCAUGACGUUUGGAAAUGUUUGUUUAGUUGCAAAAGAAAUGGCGGUCCCUAUACAGGAGGAGGAACAAGUAAAGGAAUGUCUAAGGCUCUUGCACCGGAAGAAAGCUUUACUGAUAUGCAAUCAACUAUUGUCUCUGAAAUCAGACGAUCCGAUAGUCCUGAAUACAAGAUGGCUGAUCAGUCGUCUAGUCGAGCUGUUGGCAGUCCAACAGCCAUUUGUGUCGCCUGAUUUUAUGGAAUGUUUCCUGGAAGGUGACUCUAAAACGGAAACACCAAGAAACAAGAAAAUGUUCAUGGCAACUAUUGUUCAGUUAUCCUUGGUCGCUGAACCUCUUCCAGAAAAGACGAAAAACAAACCUGGUCACUACAUUCUGCCGUGUAUGCUUCCUCCAGUAAAUAAUCAGCUCAUCACAUCGAUUCUGAGUCAGAGGAAGAAAUGUUCAACCUUGUGUUUCGUUUCCAACGAUCACUUUAUUCCAUCUGCAAUACGUGACAGGCUGUUGACGAUUUGCAUCAACAGGUUUGAAGUGCUAUCCGAUCUGAACUCUCGGGAGAUGUUGCUGUAUAGACAUAAUGGGUGUUUUAUAAUGAACCCCGGUGUAUACCUAUCACUGCAGUGCAGCAAAUCUAGAAUGAAACUGACUUUGUUUUCAUGUACGGAUUCUCAAAUACAUGCCGGGAUCGGCAACGUCAUUAGGGAAACCGUGGUAAACUUGUUUGGCGAUCGCACGAAAUAUGAUUGUCGUCUUCUAUAUGACGAUGUUUCAUGUGAGAUCUUAGUCCCUGAGGACGGAGUUAUCAGACAGAAUACUGAUCCAUUUCACCAAAAUCUGCCAGAGGACGUGGCCAUAUGGUUUGGACAAUCCCAACAGAUGCCAGACAUCCCUUCGAUAGGUAACAGUUUGGACCCUCUGCAAGAUCUUGAACUUAAUCCAAAACGGCUGAGUCAUGUAGCAAAACAUAUUUGGAAUAGCUAUGCCGUGGUGUUUGCCGCCCUUGGAGUAGAGACCUCCGUUGUCGAACAGGAAAGAUGGCAGCACAAACAUCUUGACUUCCGCUCACAACUUACGAAAAUACUUCUACGCUGGCGAGCAUUGAAGAAAGAUGCUGCUUCUCUUCAAAUGAUUGUCGCAGCUAUGAAAUUGAACAACAUUCCAUACGAGGAAAUGCUUCUAGACCCUAUCUUGGCUGGCGAGACGACAACGACAAUGACAAAACUUAAAGAUAUGGGUGCGUCUGUCAUUCCGGAUAUGGAUCUAUCCAGUUCCCCUUCUAGAGAUGACCUGGAAGUGAUAGCCAGAAUUGUUGGUUCUAGUUUUCUUGUGUUCUUCCUGGAACUCGACGUAGAUUAUCGUGAUAUCAAAAAGGCAAUGGAACUCCAUCGACGGCAGAGCGAGAAGGUUUUAACGAUGUAUCUCCUGGAAGUUUGGGGUCAAAGGUUAGGAAGUAAGGCGACUUUCUAUUGUGUAGUGCGUGCCAUGGAGGAAACCAACUUGGAUACGUCACAGCUGAAACAUAUCAAUCCACGCAGUAGUCAUUGUUGAUGUUAGCGUGACACACAACAUGUAUGAUAGACCAAUGUUUUAUAGUGAACUGUAUGUGAAAAUAUUUCAUUCCCCUAUCAGUAUAUAUAUUUAUAUAUAUAUAGUGGAAAAUAUAAACUCAACACGACAACUGCUGUGUUUCGCUAACUUUGUCAGGUCAGACGGUCAUCUUAAGGCGAGUCAUUUUUUAACGUCUCGGUUACCACAUUAUGACGUCACAUGCAAUAUAGUAACACCAGGGGAGAUAACGACACUUAUCAAAGUGUUGUUACAUUAAUUUGUUAAAUGUUUAGUGUCUGUUGAAAAAGUAGACAUUUAAAACAAAUCAAUUUGCAUUCAAUUUCGGUUUAAAUAUUUUCACAAACAUUUCUUCCUUGAAAUGUCUUUUAGUGAUGCAAGUAUCCACCAUUUUGUAAAAGGGAUAUAAACAGAAUAUCCCUUUGCCACAAUUGUCUCGGUGUUCACUAAGUGGAAUUUUGUGUGUUCCCGGGGUACGUUUUCCCAUUUUUCAAAACAAGAUAUUUCCCUACAUAUAUAUAUAAUUACAGGUCCCACGCCUCGUAUCUUCGCACUUGGAUAAUUCCAAAUCUUUUCACUUUUUAUGUUGUUAUGUGUUUAUCCAUGGUUCAUAGGAGUUGCCAGGGCUGUGGAGCCCUUGGUUCAACCCCGAUCAAUAGUGUGUCCUCACGCAGGAGGGCUUGCUCACUGCACAUCAUUAAGUUUAAGCUCUAAGCAUGAACACUGCUAUGCUAUCGCUUACUGAACAGCAUAAUUAUUAAUAGAAAUUGAAAUAAUUGAGACCAAAGGCUGAAAUAAACAUCAAUAAAUCAAAUUUUAUACAGGAAGAACGAACACAAAGCUCUAUCAAUUUUAACAUAAUCAAGGAGGAGUAACUUUUAAAAAAAUAGUAGAGUAUGGUUAACUGGAAAAUAAUUAAUUAUUAUUGUUGAUAAGCAAAAGUUUGAUUUAGCGUUAAUUUAACGUUAAUAUUUAUCAGAAUUUGAAUGCAAACGGACCAGGUGAUCUGAUAUCCGUUUACAAAAUAAUACUGUUGAGUUUUAUGUCUUAAAAUGAUUAUUUUUUAAAUCAAUAUAUACACCAGAUUUAUUUAUGGAUUUUCAUUGAUUCUAUUUAUUUAUU